AUCUUUCCUCAUGAAGCUCGGAGCACUUGUUUAAUCGUGAGAGAUACGAUGCUAGAGUGUGAUAAACAGUUCAAAGUGUUUCUGGUCGGAAUAUACCACAAUCCCAUCUCUGGAACACAAUACAUCAGCUGUGUUUGAACGAGGUCUCCUAGUGUCCAGGCUGUAAUGCGCCAACUGUGUCCUGGUGGUGAUUAGUCACUGAUUACGUCAUCGUUUAUCAGCAAUGGCCACCAAGGAACUGGUGAGAGGCAAGCCUGACACCACUAUCCGAGUGAUGGGCAAGCAGAUGACGUCAUCAAAGGCUGAGGAGAAUGACGUGGAUCAGCGGACCUGUCGCAGCGCGAAGACAAGUGUCAGCGGAUCACAUGAUGGGGGCGCUGUUGCAGAACUCUCUGCUGUGGAGCAGGUGAUGAGCAUCAACCGGAAGUUGGUGGCUCAGAUCGAGACGCUGCGGCUCAAGGUAGAGGUGGACGCCCGUCAGCACGAGAGGGUCAAGGCUGGACUGCUCAGCACCACACAGAACAAGGUCAAGGUUCGAGAGCUGGAGAUUGAGAAUCUAAAGACAACUAUCGAAAAGAAGGAAGACACAGUCAAGGUGAACACACUGCAGAAGCAUCUUGAGACCAUGGAGCAGGAGCUCAUCAAGGCAAAAGACAAAAUCUCACUACAGGGAGGUAAACUCAGACAGGCUGACCUGGACAAAAGUCAGAUACAGGUCAGGUUCAAGGGCGAUCUUGCUAAGGUGACCCAGACAGUGCGCAAAGAAGUGGAGCGGACACGCGAGGUGAUGCGGGCCCAGUGGGAGGAGAUACGGGAACUACGUCAGCAGAAUGAGGACAUGCGCAGUGACAUACGCGAAAUCCGGGAACUUCUCACAGCAGACUUGCCCGUGGAGAGUCCGGUGGAGAAACUGUACGGUCACUCCCAGUCGCCCUACAGUCUGCAGACGGCCAGCCCAUCCCUUCCCGCCCUUAGCAGGACACAGCAACAACACGGUCGUCGGUUGGGGCAGGGGCGAAAGCAGUAAUUCAUGUAAUGUGCGGUCUUUACGUCUUGACAGACGAUCUUGGAGCAGUUUGCAUGUUACAGCUUUGCCUGGGCAGUAGACAAACAUGAAAUAGAUUGCCCACGUAUCUGUACUACUCCCCUCUCUUCAGAUCUUGACGUCCUUGGUAUGUUCCAGAGGAGAGAUAUCGUCGAUCCAUUUGGAAUCAAGGAAAGUGUAAGGGUGUGUUCUUCUAUUUUACAGGUGUGGUAUGGAUAUUUUUCUUGGUAGGGAAGUUUGGAAUUUGGAACCUUGCGAACGGCCUACAAUUUUCAAACUACCCAGAGAUCCUUAACAUGCACAACAUAUACACAGGCCCCCCGAGAGUUUUCGUCCUUCUCCGAGAAGACAAGACAGAAGAAGAAGAAGAAGAAGAAGAAGAAGAAGAAGAAGAAGAAGAAGAAGAAGAAAAAGAAGAAGAAGAAGAAGAAGAAGAGAAAACUAAACAUGCCCACACGGACCAGAUGAAAUCUCACUUUUGGCUGCCUGACACAGUCUGGCAACAUGACCCACGGUGUGUGAAGGAUCAUCCCAGGUUGUGUGAUUUUCCUUCCUGCACUGCCCCCCCCAAAGUUCCCUUUCCAAAAUGGCCUCCUCCGUUGCCCCAUAGGCCUUCCACACACCCAGAUGAACAUAACUACAUAACUUCAAGGAAAGGACCUAUAUUAUAUCUGUAAUUAUGGUAUGUGUGUCCGCUAGUUUUGACACUGACCAAUGUGCCUUCUUGUCGGACAUCAGGGUAUAUUUUCAACCAGUGGACCACGUGAUACACGCAUAAAGGGACUUGAUCUGUGCUUUGCUCAGUAGGGCACAGCAAGCUGAAGCUCAGAGGCCUCGGUAAGCCGCCAUUGAUGCGUUCAUAAUAUUAUGUCUCUGACCGACCCCUCUCCCCAUUCUACUACUUAUUGUGUUAAUCUUACGCCUGUAUGUAAAUGAAUCGUGUUUCUUCUCCGCCAUCAAGCUGUGAUAUCUGACGGGCUGUGAUAUAAUAAUAUGACGAACGUCUGUGGCGUACCGAUUAGCCACUUCGCUGUUACAUGCAGAGGAUGUUAGUUCGACUCUUAUGUGAUGAGAGUUUUAAAAUCAUGUAAUUCCGUCUGUCUGUGGGGACAUCGUAUCUGUCUCAGCCUUGUUUGGCUCUGAUGGGAGGGUCAAAACAGCCCGCCUUCUACAUAAUCUAAAAUCGUGAGCGUGUAAAACAUGUACAGUUACAUUUCUUUUGUUUUGAAAUAUUUGCUAACUAGUUGCUACCUUAGAAUUACAAAGUUCUAUAUGACAUUUUUGGCCGUUUUGAGUAACUAAGACCAUGAGAUCAGAAACCAGUGGGUGCUUGGAAGGCGCAACUAGCAGGUCCUACUUCUCUACUUUCCCUCUUUGGUUUCUGUCUGUGUGUCUUACUAAAUGAUCAUUAUUGUUUCGACGUGCUUCUCUUCACUCAAACAAAGUUCUAUCAAAAUCGUAAUAUUAUUCGGAGUCGUUAUUAAUAUAUUUGAAGAAAGGCAUCCAAAAGAGCUUGACAUGUUGUGAAACUCAAAAUUUUUAAAUUACGUCAAAUUUCUCAAAGCUAGGAACUGAUCAAAUAGAACUUCGUAAUUCUAGGGUAACGAAAUACAUGUAUUGGACAGGAGCCAAUGGAUUUUACAGAUAUGAAUGUGGACGAUGAAAGUGCCAGUGAUUGUUGGUGCGAAAUAUGUUGGUAUAGCCUAACGGUAUUGUGCAAUUGGUGUGCAGAACGUCUGUACAGGGUGUGUUGAUAUGACGUGAGUAGUGUGUUGUCAUCGAGUGUGAUGGUAUGGAGUAUGUAAUGUGUUGGUAUGGAGUGUCUUUAUAAUAUGGAGUGUGCUGUCAUCGAGUGUGAUGGUAUGGAGUAUGUAGUGUGUUGGUAUGGAGUGUCUUUAUAAUAUGGAGUGUGUUGUUAUCGAGUGUGUUGGUAUGGGGUGUCUUUAUAUGGAGUGUGUGGUCAUCGAUUGUGUUGGUAUGGAGUGUGGUGUCAUUGGUUGUGUUGGUAUGACGUAUGUAGUAUGCUGGAAUGGAAUGGCGUCUUUUCACGGAAUGAGUUGUUUUGGAGUGUGUUGGUGUGUAGCGUGUCAUACGGAAUGUGCUUGUGAUUUCAUGCAUUGAUGUAAAUAAACGUCCCUUGUUUGCACAGGAAGUCUGCA